GACAGGCUAGGAAGCAGCAGUAGAGGUGCGCCUUAGCUGUACCAAGGUCAUUUAGAUCGAGUUCUCUAAUGUCUAGACUAGAGUGUCUUGCCUACACAGCACUGUCUUAUUCUCGAUGUUGUGGUAUUAGCGUGGUUCCUUUCGGUCUGGUGUCAUCACUGCGGUGUACUUUGCCCCGCCAGUAGCCGGCAGCUUCCUCCUGGCCUCCCUCUUCCCAGUGUUGCCGCGCCGCUCGCCACAUGCCAGGCCUCAGUCUCAAGGGGGACGGGCACUCCGCAUAUCCACAGGCGUCUUGUUCACUACCGACGACUGACUCCAAAUCCGGUCUGAGUGUCUGGGUGGCGGCCCCCGCCCCCAGCAGCGGCAGUGCUGCUCGACCCGCUGCAGCGAGAGCCUUCCUGCCUCCGCUACGCUCCUCAGCUCCUUCAGUGACGCCUGGCGCACACACUCUCCCUCUCCUGCACCUGCGGCCAAGGAAGCUGCAGACUCUUGAGCCUUCUUGCCUGCGCCACACUGCUCUCUCGCGUCACACGUUAGAGGAGCUGCAGGCAUGAGUGGGCGUGGGUCGCUGGGUGGGGGAAUGUUCACGCCGCCCACACCGCGCCGCUCACGCUCCUCUGCCUCCACGCCGCCCGCCAGGAAGAGAGAGGAGAGGAGAGCACGCCAUACCACUACCAUUGCCACUCCAUUACCCUCGGCCACCUCCUGCCAAGCCACACCUGCCACCCCGGUCAUCACCUCUACUGCUGUCACCACCACCACCACUACUACAAAUGUAGUACCAUCAACCACAGUCACUGAUGCAUCUGCCACAAGAACAAGCGGCACUACCACAAAUGUCACCCAUCCCACCACCACUACUACUACCGCCACCACCAUCACCAUCACCAUCACCACCACAGCCCCUGCCACCAGCACCACAUCCUCCUCCAGUCCUAGCCGUGGGCACUCCAGCAGCGGCAGCGGUCACCAGCUAUCACCGUGGUCUGGCUCCGCCUCCCUCAGUUCACCAAGCGGCGGCAAAAAGAACUGCUCAUCGCCUGACUCCCGCCUGGUUGUGUUGGGUCACCCGGCCGUGGGCAAGUCAGCACUGGUGGUGCGAUUCCUGACGGGUCGCUUCAUCUGGGAGUAUGACCCAACACUGGAGGCCGCCUACCGCCACCACACCACGGUGGACGACGAGGUGGCUGUCAUGGACAUCCUGGACACAGCCGGCCAGGGUGAUGGACCAGUGAGGGAGGGGCUGGCUCGGUGGGGUGAAGGCUUUCUCCUGGUGUUCAGCGUGACAGACCGUGCAAGUUUCUCCUUCCUGCAGCCAUUGCACGCAGCACUCGCCAUGGCCAGGACGACACCCAACUUCCCCUGUGUCGUGGUAGCCAACAAGACUGACCUAGGUCACAUCACUUCUGUCAGUGAGGCUGAGGCAGUGAGUCUAGCAGGUGAGCUCGGUGCCUCUCUGUUCUUCACUUCUGCGAGUGAUGGAGGUCCGUCCAUCCAGGCUGCCUUCACAGAGCUCCACCGGGAUGUGGUGAGGCGUCGCUGGACCCGCCGCCGCCGCUCCUCUGCCAAGACUGUCAUUGAGGGAUUCUACAAGAUGUUCUCACGAUGACACGGUGAGGGGGAGACUUGAAUUCCAGAAGCAGCCUCCACAGCCUGUUGUUACCAUUGGACACACACACACACACACACACACACACACACACACACACACACCACAUAUUAUGAGGGUUAAGGACAGAGAGGGCUACAUGCAUUUUCAGUGGACCAAAGCUAGAGGUCAUGAUAACCUCAUUAUGAAGUUCAAUAAUAAUACUAAUGAUUUAAAGAAGGAGAGAUCAACAAGUUAGCAGCGACCUUCUAGCAAAGUGUGGGUAAAGUUCACUGUUUGAAAUAUAAGGGUUGGUACUGUGUACAUGAAAUAAAGUCACAGAUGGAGAAAUGCAUGAGAUGUAUAUGGUUAAUUCACAGUUGGUGGGGAGUCAGUCUAUAAGAUUUUAAGAUGGUGGGCAAGAUGGAAUGUGUGGCAUGUGAGUCACCUCUCUGUCCUGGAAGCCGUCACAGCAAGCAAUUACACUAAUACUCAGAACCUCAGAUAAUAACAAAGCAUUUUCACCAAUCAGGUAAUGCAAGAUUUCUAGCAGCUACUCGUACUACAUCAUGUCACCUCAGAUUUUACUGUAUUUGUUACCCUUGGCUUUGGCUGAUCAGGGACAAUGCAAUCCAAAAUAAUAUUUUUUUAUUUAUUUAUUUAAUUUAUUUCUUACCUGUGUACCAUUUUUCCUGAUGUCAGUGUUUGGUUAACAUUCUACUUCACAUAUCACUAAAUAGUACACUGUACAAAUAGGAGUUGAGAAGUUAUUAAGCUACACCUUUGCUCCUUGGCUAAGAUGAAACCCAAUACAGUGGAAUCCCAUUGAACUGUUGAAAAACUUCUCAGAUUGUGGACGCUUUGUGAGGAGCAAAGAAGGCAAGGCUUUGCAGCGCCCAUCCUUCACCAGCCACCCACCAACACCUCUCUCUCUCUCUCUCUCUCUCUCUCUCUCUCUCUCUCUCUCUCUCUCUCUCUCUCUCUCUCUCUCUCUCUCUCUCUCUCUCUCUCA